CUUGACUGAGCUCGGGGAGCAGGGGAAGAGUGGGAACCUCCCGGUCUAGCAGCUGUACUGUGAAUCAUUUCAGGCCUGGUUUGUCAGCACAAACUGGGGAUGGCCCCGUGGUGAUUGCACGCUGUAGGCUUCACGCCGCUGUCGUCCCGUCGUGCCUUGGUGAAUCCCGACGGGCCCAGACGAACCGCCAUGGCCUCAGUGGUGUUACUCCGCGGCACAUCUGUCACACUCCCCGCUCUGGUCACCGUAGUCCUGCUCUUGAUGUCGGUAACCACAGUGCAGUCCUCUCAAGGCGACAAGGAGCCGGUUUACCGAGAUUGUGUGAAGCAGUGUGUCCGCACAAACUGCACCGGAGCUCGUCUACGAGGCUUCCUAUCUGCCCAGCCGCAGUACAUGGCGCUGACAGGUUGGACAUGCCGUGAUGACUGCCGCUACCAGUGCAUGUGGACCACCGUGGGCCUUUACCAGGCUGAGGGGUACAGAGUCCCACAGUUUCAUGGCAAGUGGCCGUUUGCACGCUUCCUGUGUUUUGAGGAGCCGGCAUCUGCGCUGGCCUCUCUGCUGAAUGGCCUGGCUUGCCUUCUCAUGCUGCUGCGCUAUCGGAGCACGGUGCCACGCCAGAGCCCCAUGUACCACACCAUCAACGCCUUCUCUCUGGUGUCUCUUAAUGCCUGGUUCUGGUCCACAGUGUUUCACACCCGGGACACCUAUCUCACUGAGAAAAUGGACUAUUUUUGUGCAACAGCAGUCAUUCUUUACUCAAUCUACCUGUGUUGUGUCAGAACGUUGGGCCUAAGGCGCCCCGGGGUGUCCAGCAUGGUGGGAGUCCUGCUCAUUUUGGCCUUUACCUCGCAUGUGUCCUAUUUGACCUUUGUCAAUUUUGACUACGGCUACAACAUGGCUGCAAAUGCCACCAUCGGCAUGGUGAAUCUCCUGUGGUGGCUGUGUUGGUGCUGGCAGAACCGGCGGACCCUGCCGUACUGGUGGAAGUGCGGCCUGGUGGUGCUGCUGCUACACGGUCUGGCCCUGCUGGAGCUCCUGGACUUCCCUCCACUGCUUUGGAUCUUAGAUGCCCAUGCUGUUUGGCACCUCAGCACCAUCCCAGUACACUUCCUUUUCUACAGUUUCCUCAUAGAUGACAGCCUCUACUUACUAAACACAGAAAAGCUGGGUGUUAAAGUCGAGUAGCAGGAGCUCUUUGCCUCUUCACCUUGCCUACACCUUCGCACCUCUCCAAGUCAGGGCAGCGGGACACCCGAACACUGAAGUAGCUCAGCCUCCCAGAUGACAUGCAUGAUAUCACCAUGACUCUCAUCGAAGCAGACUUUGUUUACAUUUUUUAAAAUUUUCUUUUAUUUAUUUGGGGUAGUUUCUCACUUGAAAAAAAACAAGACGAUAUGUGAUGCUUGUUCUACUUUGCCUUGUAAUGAUAAUGUGUGCUACCUUUCUUUCACCGUUUAUUGUAAGCGCACGACCGGAUGGAGGAAAAAAGUAUUACUUUCUACCCAGAGCAAACCCAGUUCGUCACUCCAAAUGGUCUUUGGGUUUUAAUGUACUUCUGCAGUUCCCUGAUCCAAUAAUUUUAACUCUCACCGGCCUCUAUGGACAUCCAAAUGGCAGUUUGACGCGGCUGACAAUAGAUGGCACCAUAUCAUUGGCCCGGCCUCUGUGUGGUGGAGCAACAUGUGUUGGGUUCCAUGUUUGCCAAAAGUGGACUGGCAGACUCAGCGAGGUGCCCCUCGUGAAGGGGGGCUGGCAGCUGAUUGUUCUAGAGAGAGAGAAGGGGGUAGAGGGUUUAUGUUGGAGGCCAUUCUAGCUGACUGUGUUUUUUUGUUUUUUUUUAAACCUCCCCCUCCCUUUUCUUUUUUCUCACCUCACACCUUUAUUUUUGUGCCUCUUGUUUCCACUGCUGCUUUUGUUUGUUGCUCUGUGUCCUUUAUCAUCACUCUGAUCUUUAUUCUCAUUUUAAUCGCCCGCCUUAGUUGUUUUAAUUCUCUUGGUGACCAGUUUGUGCUUUAAUUUGUUGGCAGUGUUUCUUACUUUGGUUACUUGAUUUUUGACAUUUGAUGGGAAAUAAUGGAAAUGAUUUAUUUUUAUUCACCCGGAUUGCCUUUUAGUGUGAGGAAUGACUGAGGUAGGAAAAAGCAAUGCAACAGGAAGCUGUAUUUUUUUUUUCUUCUAUUUUUGCAUAUAUUUUCUUAUUCAGGGGUUAGUUGGGGUGUAUGUGUGUAUAUGUGUGUGGGUGAGCUGUUUUAUACACAUUAAUAUUGAUUUGGUUGCAUUUCUUUCUGCAGUAUAUUAACAUGUCAAGUAUUCCACUCCUCCCCAAAUCAGCCUUACACACUGUAUUAUAACCUGCUUGUCACUGAGCAUGUUAAGUUUUGAAUUCAUUCCAUGUACAUCUUCAUCCUUCAGAGCUUCCCUUCCAUAUGUGCACUUUACAUGGGGCUGUGUGUGUGUGCACUAAUGUGCAUUUUUAGCUGAAAUUGUGCCCAUGCCUUUGUACUUCUGUGUGAGAAUGUGAACAAUGACCAGUAUGUGUGUACAUGUUGCCUUGACUGGACAUUGUAUUGUUUUGUUUUUUUCUUUUAGCAUCACAAACUGGAUCUGUGUGUGUGUGCGCAUGUGUGUG